CGCAUGCGCAGCGAUCCCAAGGUGACAGAGGCAGACAGCACCGUAUGCACAGUCUAAUUUUACCAUAGAAGAAGUGGACUAUAUUUACUCACUCUGGAGGUAGUGGCUCGAAUAGCUGACAGAAUAGCAGACGCAGCUAUAGAGGGCUCCGCAGCCACUAGCAAGUGAUAAAUGAGCCACCAUGAUGCUGUGCCGGUGCCUAAUCAAGAGACAAGUAUUGCUGGGCACCACAUGGACUCAGUGCUGUGCCAGAGCGUACAGCCGUCCAGAUUUGCAAGAUCAUUACCAAAUAUUGGGUGUGGAAAAAAAGGCAACAGACAAAGAGAUUAAGAAUGCUUUCUUCAUACAGUCAAAAAAGUUGCACCCAGAUAGCGACCCUUCAAACCCUCUCCUGCACGCUGAAUUUGUACGUCUGAACGAGGCAUACAAAGUAUUGAGCAGAGACAGCUCUCGCAGGCAGUAUGACAAGUUUCUAGAUGCCGUGAAGAGAGAACACUGGGUUCCUGGAAGAGACAGUUCUACCUUCCAAAACAGAGGCUCUUCUUACAGGCCUGCUUCAGAGGACAAUGCCUUCUACUGGUCUCAGUUUUCUCAAGGGACUGGAGCGUCUACUCACCAGAGGAAGAGAAGAAACAGCCGCUUGGUUUGGUUCUGUAUACUACUAAUGACCGGAAGCAUGAUUGCACACUAUGUGGGCUUCAGCAUAUUAAGAAAAGUUCACAAGGAAUUUGUGGACGAACAGCAGAAACGUCUUCUUAAAAUCUAUAAUGAAACAAAGAUGGCGGCAAGAGCAAAUGGCAUAAAGAAGCAGCACGAGAUUUUCCUUCAGAAACAUGCAGCAUUUAUGGAGAAAUAUCGCCAACGAAAUCAGGGAGAUGAGACUAAGAAAUGAUGCGGUGGUGAAGUGUUUGUGGCGAACUGGUGUCUUGCAGCUGAGUUUGGAUGAAGCGACUGUAAAUCUGGAAUCUGGGACAACGUAACGUUAUCCACACUCAGGGCGAAUCAAAACCUAAGAGACUCACAAUAUGUAUUCAUAUAUUUUCCCUCUUUUGUGAAUAAAAUUGUAAAUUUGUAUAUUU